AGUUGCGAGAUGUAUUGGGGACUCGCACCAGGGGUUGCUCGCAAGAGGCGGCGCUAGCCCUACUCGUCGUGCUCCAGGCGUCGAGAAGCGUAGUGCGCAGGUUCGGGCCCGUACCGUACCGUACUUUGACGGGGGUUCGUGGUUUUGAGGGAGUGCUCGACUCGACUCGACGGCAAAUGGCUGCUGGCGGCACUGGAGGAACAGAGGGACGGGGUGGAGGGGAGGGGGGAGGGGGGGAGGAUGAACCGCGCAGUGGACAGUGGACAGUGGACAGAGUACAGAGUACAGAGGAGUACACGGGGGAUACUUGGGCUAGAUACUUGGGGGGGGGGGGGGAGCUUCACGCGGCGGCUAAGAAAGACGGAGGCAAGUUGCAAGAGAGGAAACGCAGUCCUAAAGCCAGUUGUGGAUGGGGGGUGGGAGGGGAGGGGCCAGGCCAAGUGGGCAACGGGCAGUUGGGCAGUGGACAGUGGGCACUAUGUCCGCUGUCCGUUGCCAAAGGAUACGAGGAUAAGGCUCAAGGCUCAAGGCUCAAGGCUCAAGGCUCAAGGCUCAAGACUCAACUCAAGACUCUGGCAAGACUCAAGACUCAAGAUCCAAGGACCAAGUCGAUAUCGGUACGGUCCAUGUACCUCGUAUGUACAGUACAAGACUACUUCGCAUUCUUGUCUCGAUAGAGGAUUCUUAUUAUUAGAGCCGAGUCAAGGGGACCACCGUGCCUAAGAUAGUGCGUGCUGGUCGUCUCCGUAAUAGUAGAUGUGGGC